AUGAGAUUGAAAAAGAAUUUCCAAAGUGAUACAGAAUUGGACGAGUUAACAACUUUUGAAAGAUGGUUAUUGCAAAUUGGUGAAGGAACAGGAGUAUCAGAAGAUGAAAGCUUUAUAGAAAUUCCUAAAGAUUUGAAACUUUUUCAACAUAGAAAUCGAGAAGAAAGAAUUGUGAAUGCUGUUUUCUUGAAUCUAUCUGCUGAGAUAGGCAAUGUUGAUUAUAUCAGAGAGAGGGCAAUAUUGACAGCCCGAAAUGAUACAGUACAUGAAUUGAAUGACUACAUUAUUCAAAAAUUGCAAUCAGAAUUGAAGACCUAUUACAGUUCAGACAACACUUGCAAAGCAGCAAGGACUUCAAAUGAUGAUGACAUUUUAUAUCCAAUAGAGUUCCUUAACUCUUUAAUGUGCUCUGGUAUGCCAAAACAUGAAUUGCAAUUAAAAAUUGGAGUUCCAAUUAUGUUGCUACAAAAUCUGAAUCAAUUAGAUGGCCUUUGCAAUGGGACAAGAUUGAUUGUGACUCAUCUAGGGAAGUGGUAG